UCUCCUUCUCUCUGUCAGUCUCACUUCUUUUGCGUCUUUCCUUUCCGAUUCCUUCUCCUUUACUCUCCAUAACUCUUUGUUCACAAUGAGUCUUAUCCCAUGCCUUCUCUCUACUUAUUCUUCUUGCUCGCCUCUCCUCCAGGCUUCACGAGGAGCCCAGGAGAACGCCGAGUCUGCUGUUCCGCUCGGUAACCUCACCCCCACCCUGCGAAACCAGCUCGUCCCGAGGUGAAGAAGGGUCUCAAGAACUUGUCGGGAAGCGAGCUUCCCUAGAAUGGUUGUCGUCGCCGCUGCCGCCGCCACGACUUCCUGCCCUCGAACUCAGAAGAAGGCCCCAAACCCUUUUCCCUCCCUUCGCCGCCGUGAUCCCACCAGCUCCACCCGGCCGCCGUUGUCCCCUUCCGAGAAGGACAAUGGCGCCGGCCCCAAGCGCCCCCGCGCCAAGGAGAUUAACUCCCGCUACUUGGCCUUCUCUUCAUCUUCUGCUUCCGCUGCUAAAGGUGGUUCCUUUUCCUCUUCUCCUGCCUCUUCUUCCUCCAAAGGUGCCUCCUUUUCUUCUUCCUCUUGUUCCGCUUCGACUGCUUCCUCCUCGUCUUCUUCUUCCACUGCUACUUCUUCUCCGCGGCGCUUCCGCUCGCCACUCCCCGCUUCUCGCCCCUCCACCCCGGCUGCAUUGCCCAAGACUUGCUUGCCCAACCGAUCCAAAUCCGUCGACCGGGCUCGACCUGGCAGUACAGCCACGCCCCGAGCGGCUCACAAUCCCGCCGCGCUCUCCUCCGUGGCCAGGGCUCUCCGAACCACCACCCGUAGCCUUUCAGUUUCCUUCCAAGGCGAGUCUUUCUCCUACCAGAGUAGCAAGAUCGGGCCGACAUCCCCUUCCUCCAAGAACAGGAAGCCCACCCCGGAGCGGAGGGGGCCUACUGCUCCCGCUGCCACUCCCGCGAGGAGCUGUUUUAAGUUGGAGAACUCUAGACCUUUGGACAGUCACCACCGCUGGCCUGCAGCCACAAGUCAGCAGUUCAAUUCAUUGACGAGGAGCUUGGACUGCUCCGUCGGCGACAAAGACUCGUUUUUGGCAGCUGUCCGGUCACUGAGGCAGUCAAUGGCGCUCAAUGAUGGUGCAAGGAGAGCCUCUUUUGAUGGUGGCGAUUUUUCUCUGUCCGUUGACACCGACAGCUUGUCUUCCGGUAGCAAUUCGGGGACGCACGAGUCCAUUAAUCUUCCGCCAAGGGGGCGGGCGACACCUCAUGGAAUUGUUGCUCCUUCGAGGCUUUUGCCGGAAAAAGGCCACCGGUUGCAUAGGUUGCCGGAUCCAGGCACCCAGCAGCCAUCACCAAACCUGAAGAGUGUAGCCUCUUCCAAGUUUGUUCCCGCAAAGAAAUCACUGGUGAAUGGUUUGCUGUCAUCUCCUUUUGUCGCUGUUUAUUCUCAUCAUGGUUCUGUCAGGCCUUCUUCUCCAGGUAAGCUGUCAGCUACAUCACCAGGGGGCAUGCCCGGUGUACAACGGGUGCCAACUAGCCCAGCAAAGAGCUCUUCCACUGUCUUGCUACCUGGAAAUGCCCCAUCAAUCUUUAGUUUUGCUUCUGACAUCAAGAGAGGAAAGAAUGGGGAGAGCCGGAUCGAAGAUGCACACCAGUUAAGGCUAUUGUAUAACCGAUACUUGCAGUGGCGAUGGGUUAAUGCACAAGUGCAUGACACCUUUCUUGUUCAAAAACUGACUGCUGAGAAAUAUCUGUCUAAUGUCUGGAUGACUACCACCAAAAUGCAUGAGCCUAUAGCAAUUAAAAAGCUCAAGGUACAAACAGACAGACAACAUGUGAAGCUCAGAUCAAUUCUUAAAGCACAUAUGUCCAAUCUAGAAGAAUGGUCUCUCAUAGACCAUGACCAUUCAAUUGCUUUAUCGGGAACCCUUGGAGCACUAAAGACCAGUACUAUCCGGCUUCCAGUGGUUAAUGGAGCAAAGGUGGAUUUUCAAGAAGUGAGAAAUGCUGUUGGUUCAGCCAUAGAUGUAAUGCAGGCGAUAGGAACCUCGAUCUAUACUCUAUUGUCAAAGGUAGAAGGAAGAAGUUCCAUUAUGUCUGAACUUGCUGAACUUGCAACAAAAGAACAAGCCUUGAUGGAUCAGUGCAAAGAUCUUUUAUCCAUGGUAUCGGCCAUGCACGUCAAACAAUGUAGCUUGUUUGGCCAUGUAAUACAGAUGAGCAGACCAAGCCUGAUUCAACUAUAGGAGGAAUCGUUGAUUACAUCUAACUACUAACAUCACAGCAGCCGUUCUUUUUCUAACUGGAGACUCAGGGACAAAGAAGGAAGCUCGUCAUGUUUAGCUCGAGUUCUCAACCGAUUUUAUGAGGUUCAACGUCUGUGUUUGUUGGCAUGGAAAUACCACGACAUCAACUGUUUGUCUUCAACGAUUUUAGCUGUUGUAGGUAUGUAGGGUUGUCUUGUUUCGCCGCAGUGUUUUGGUUCAUAAUGUGGCAGAAAAUUUGUAUGUUUCUCACUUGCAGUUCUUGUUAAUACCAGCUUUUUGCCAGACUGCUAUGCACCUCUCAUGUGUUAAUCUAGU